GACAUCAACAUCAACUUUUCCAUCUCCAAUUCCACCAAAGCCUCCAAAUCCCCACCAAUUCCUCCACCUGCUGACAGUGAGCCAUCUGGUUUAGGAGCUGAGACAUCAACAUCAACUUUUCCAUCUCCAAUUCCACCAAGACCUCCAAAUCCCCCACCAAUUCCUCCACCUAUUGACAGUGAGCCAUCUGGUUUAGGAGCUGAGACAUCAACAUCAACUUUUCCAUCUCCAAUUCCACCAAGGCCUCCAAAUCCCCCACCAAUUCCACCACCUGCUGACAGUGAGCCAUCUGGUUUAGGUGCUGAGACAUCAACAUCAACUUUUCCAUCUCCAAUUCCACCAAGGCCUCCAAAUCCCCCACCAAGGCCUCCACCUAUUGACAGUGAGCCAUCUGGUUUAGGUGCUGAGACAUCAACAUCAACUUUUCCAUCUCCAAUUCCACCAAGGCCUCCAAAUCCCCCACCAAUUCCUCCACCUGCUGACAGUGAGCCAUCUGGUUUAGGAGCUGAGACAUCAACAUCAACUUUUCCAUCUCCAAUUCCACCAAGGCCUCCAAAUCCCCCACCAAUUCCUCCACCUGCUGACAAUGAGCCAUCUGGUUUAGGUGCUGAGACAUCAACAUCAACUUUUCCAUCUCCAAUUCCACCAAGACCUCCAAAUCCCCCACCAAUUCCUCCACCUAUUGACAGUGAGCCAUCUGGUUUAGGAGCUGAGACAUCAACAUCAACUUUUCCAUCUCCAAUUCCACCAAGGCCUCCAAAUCCCCCACCAAUUCCACCACCUGCUGACAGUGAGCCAUCUGGUUUAGGUGCUGAGACAUCAACAUCAACUUUUCCAUCUCCAAUUCCACCAAGGCCUCCAAAUCCCCCACCAAGGCCUCCACCUAUUGACAGUGAGCCAUCUGGUUUAGGUGCUGAGACAUCAACAUCAACUUUUCCAUCUCCAAUUCCACCAAGGCCUCCAAAUCCCCCACCAAGGCCUCCACCUGCUGACAGUGAGCCAUCUGGUUUAGGUGCUGAGACAUCAACAUCAACUUUUCCAUCUCCAAUUCCACCAAGGCCUCCAAAUGCCCACCAAUUCCUCCACCUGCUGACAGUGAGCCAUCUGGUUUAGGUGCUGAGACAUCAACAUCAACUUUUCCAUCUCCAAUUCCACCCAGGCCUCCAAAUCCCCCACCAAUUCCUCCACCUAUUGACAGUGAGCCAUCUGGUUUAGGUGCUGAGACAUCAACAUCAAC